AUGAGAAAAGAUAGGCGAUAUUAUCAUGUCGUUGAUAAAUUUGAAUUAAUUGAGGUAGUUGGCGUUCAACGAGUUCGAAGGAAGCGCGAUUUAGGUAUUAUGGCGGUAAUUGAUAAUUUCACUAAUAUUAUUAUUGACAUUCAUGUAGCCAUUAGACAUAAAGGGGAGACAAAAACGCACAAGAAAAUAAAAGAACACUACUCCAAUAUACCAAUGUCUAAUGUAAAAAAUUACAUUGCCAAUUGCGACAGGUGUAUGGAGAAAUCAACAAAAAAGUACGAGAGGCGUUGUUGUGCGGCUUAUUUUAGCUUCAUCCCUGAACGAGCGAGAGCAAGUGGACCAAGUCGACCUUCAAAGUUUACUUGA